CGGGUUGCCGGUAGUCGGCAGUGUCUAAUUAGCUCUAGAUCGAAUAGUGAUAGAGUAAACGUUUCGUAAAGCCCUUGGAAGGAAUUAAAAUGAAAUCGAUCGCGUGUUGUUUGGUAAUUUUUCUAAGUGUUUCGGUCGUUUUGAUUUAUGGCGAAAGUCGUCAGUGGGGUCGCCGAACGUCGGGAGAUCGUCUGCUAAAUUAUGCCGUGGUCGUGAACAACUCGCUGCCAGUGCCGGAGAAGAGCAGCAUCUAUCGCUAUCUGCCAGCAGCGGGUGCAUACCGGCCACCGAACAUCACCGCUAUCUACGCCCGCGAUAACGUUCCGGCCGGAAACGGUGGCUACGCUGGUAUCGUUUCCGGUGGCGUGAACCAAUCCAAUGUGACGCUCAAGCUUACCUCGAAGCCUUAUCAGCGGUUCAACUUUACCGUGGAGAUUUACGGACGGUAGAAAUCCACGUGCGACUAGAGGAGGUAGCAAAUGUAGACAAUAAACGGAUAAACGGAGAGCGGAUUUUCUUUUACAUCAGGCUAA